AUGUUGAAAAUUUCAUUUGCUUUAGGAAUUUUUGUGGGAUUUUCUUUUUUCCAUAUGCUUGACUUGUUAUGUACCUUUUCACUUCACCACGUAAACUUCUUUAUUAUUAGGUCUGUUGUUCGUUGCCCAACCCAACGCUUCAAUCGUAAGGUCAGACUUGGCCGUGGAUUCACUCUUGAGGAGCUGAAGGCUGUAGGUAUCGGAAAGCGCGAAGCCAGAACUAUCGGCAUCGCUGUUGACUACAGAAGGACUAACAGGUCUCUUGAAGGGCUAAAGGUGAGCAAGUUAGAGUUUCAAUCGCUUUCUGCGUGA